AACAAACAAAAUGUUUUAAAUUUAAUUUUGAUUUAUAAAACAUGACAGUGAUGCGAAAUUUCACUUAACUGAGAUAGGUUUUGAGGCUUUCUUUUUCUUUAAAGCACAUUAUUUAUGUUAGUGAGUAGUUUGGGUUUGAGAUGUCAAAAUUUUAAUGGUGUAAAACAGUCUUAUAAGUUUAUCUAAUGGUAAUUAUUUAGUUACCGAUGUCCUAUUUCUUGUGUCAUUACUUCCAGAGCUAUUAAAAAAAUGACUUCUGUUGAAUAUGAUUUGGAUACUUCUGGUGGUUUAAUGCCGCAAAUUCAGGAACUUAUUAAACCUCCUAUACUUGAAGAAUCUUCUAAGAAAAAGAAGGAUCGAGAGCGAAGAUAUCGUAAACCUGGCAGAACAAUUAACCACGAUUCCUGCGAUAGCUGUAAAGAAGGCGGGGAUUUAAUAUGUUGUGAUCGAUGUCCUGCUGCUUUCCAUUUAACAUGCCAUGAUCCACCUUUGUCAGAAGAUGAUUUACCAUCUGGAGAAUGGUUGUGUCACAGUUGCAAGACUACUCCUGAUGUUGAUCCAGCUUCAUCGAGUGGUCAAUUUUCAGAGUCAGUUGUGAAUGGGUCUUCAUUAACGAAAGAUUCAGUUUCUUCGGAUCUAGAGAACAUGGAAGUUGAUGAUGAGUCAAAAACUCCUCUCUUUACUUUAAUACAAUCUCUCUCUACACAGAACCCUACUCAAUAUCAAUUACCAUCUGAAUUCUUGUGCACAGUGCAGUUACCUGGUUCAAGCAAGAAAUCGAAAUCUAAAGAUGGUAAUAGGUUUGGUCGGAGAGGAACUCAUGAACUUGACUCUGGAAUCGUUCAUAUACCAGCUAAACUUUGUAACCUGUGCAAAAAGAGUUGUCGUAAAGCACCUCUCAUCCAGUGUGACUAUUGUCCCCUAUUGCUCCAUAUUGAUUGUGUGGAUCCACCACUCACAAGUCUGCCCACUGGAAGAUGGAUGUGUCCCAAUCAUGCUGAACAUUUUGCUGACUCAAAAAUACUCACAUCUGUUAGUUUGACUGAAAGAGUAAAGUUAUGGGAUAAAUUUGCUGGUCCUAUAUCACAAGAUGCCAUCAAAUUGCAUUUUCUUAACAAGAUAAAUAAAAGGAAUCCACCUUUCAGGCGCAAACAAAAGGAACCUCCACGUCCAAAAUUGUUUGUUCCAGUAGCAAUAAGAAACAAUUAUGAGUCUCCUUUACCUCUUUUGCCUCGAGUAACUGAUGUACCAAUUACCAGCGAAGUAUCAAUUUCAAGUUCUUCCUCCUCUGCAAUGGAGUUGGACGAUGAAUCAAAUAAGUACUUCAGAUUUCUUCUUAAUUUCCAAACUGAUUUAGCCACUUUGCAAUCUUCUGAAAUCACCAACACUAAACCAUCACCCUCAGACAUGGACUGUGAAUCACUCAUUUCCGAAAUGAAACUGACUGGCCAUUAUAGCCAGCCUCGCAGAGUAAUGAACGGGCCACACUGCGAAACGAAUGGGGAGGCUGACAGCUCUAAUAACAAUGCCAAACUGAAAUUCGACUGUCACCUUCCUACGUCUGUGUGUGUGUCUAGCUCAUCUCACUCCCUCAUGUCAUCAAAAUUGUCUGCAUCUUCCAAAUUGAACAAUGUCAGCCGAACGAGCAAGAUGAAUUCUGGAAAAAAUUCUUGCUUACUGAAUCAGUGCUCAGCUCCUAUAAAUGUGUUUCAGUGUAAAUCAUCUAGUGGCUUAAACUCUUCUUACAGCAGUACAAACUCUAAAGAGAAUUCUCUAAAGCCUUGUUGUCAAGAUAAAAUUCAUCCUAACAACCAUGACUUAAAUUCAAAUGCAUUGAUGAAAUUGUACAAUAAUCUUCAAGCUACUGUUACAAAUUCUAAUGAUUUUGAAAUUAGUAAAGUGGAUGAGAAACUUGUUCAUUUACUUGCUUUACAAAGGUUAGAGCAGAUCUUUCCAAAGAAGAAAUACAAAGUAACUGAUGACAAAACUUCUGCAGAAAACUAUGUUGGAACUUCUCAAGAAGUCAGAGGAAGAGCUGUAGUAUGCCCGAUUGACAAGAAAGGUUUUCCUGUUUCAAUGUCAUAUAGAACACUCAAUCUUGGCCUUGGUGCUGAUAUGGAUAUCUAUUUUCCCAAUUAUGGAUAUUGUAACUAUGUGUCUGCAAAACAUGCAUCUAUUUUCUAUGAUGAGGUCACAAAGUACUAUGAGUUGAUAAACUAUAGUCCUCAUGGUACUAUUGUAGAUAAUGUGUAUUACGCUUCUGAUUAUUCUGAUAAGCAUAAAAUGUCUCCGGCUCAUAAUUCUUUGUCCGCUGCUGUGAGAAAGCUAGCAAAAUCAUCAUCAAGAGUAGUUGAUCUUCCACCACAGCCAGUUCCAUCUCUUGGAAAAUCAUUGGUGACUGCAAGAGAUAAACAGCAUCCCAAGCCGUGCCAGUGCUCUGGUUUAAAUGGGAUGGAGAAUACCAGCAUCGGUUGGGAAGGAACGGCUCUUCUUCACCAUGGAAGUUUCAUACAGUGUGGCUGCUUACAGUUUGUGUUCAGCAUCACUGAGUACGGAUUUCGGAUUGACAACUUUGGUGGUGAAAAAAAUAUUCUACCCUCUAUCAUUAAAUCUAAAGCAUCCUCCUAAUGCUUUUACCAUUAGUUAAAUCAAUAGCCCAGUGAUGAACAAUGACUUGGUGAAACAACAAACACACACUAGUAUCAUUUUGACUUUGUAUAUAUUUAUAUAUAUAUAUAUUAAAGGU